AUGCUAUGCAGCCCGGCUCGGUUGCUGUUACUGGAAUCACUCUUUAUGAAUUUGAGCGCUUGUAAUGUCGAGCUUGAUGAUCUUGGGGAAUUGGACACACUACUAGGACUACACGGGCCAGGAGAGCAGAGCGGCCGGGAAUUCCUAGAGGAGCUUUUUGCCCCACUUCUCGAAUCUGCCGUCAAUCUCACCAGGCUUGGCCUUUCGGGUAUACGAGACCUGGAAUCUUUUCCUGUCCUGAGGAAUGCACUCGUGGCCAGCUUCGUUCGUACCCGGACGGUGAACUUGACAGGGAGGAGUCUUAUCGAACUGCUGGGUCAUGCAUUACAGUCGGCACAUAGGACGAUUUCGCUGUCUCGACUGUUUCUGAGCUUGAUGCCGGAUGAGAAUUGGAUCGACAUUUGGCGUCUCUUGGAGCCUUGCCGGAAUACCCUUGAAUAUCUGGCCUUCGAUGUCGAACAUGACUUCCCUGUUCCACCCCUGGAAUCAUGCAAUCCAUGGCCACUUAUGUCCGAACUGGAUAUUUUAAGCUCCCUGCUGCCUGUCGCGAAGAUGAUGACAUCGCGAACAUUGCGAAAGCCUUUCCCAAACCUUCGACACCUUCGAAUUCCACCUGGAGCUGCGACCAGUGUCGCCGAGGCGCACGAAAGCGAAGGCGAAGGCGAACCCGAGGGAGAAAUUGAAGGAGAACCCGUGGGAGAAGUUGAAGGGGAAGAUGAAGACGAGGUCGAAUGGAGGUCAUUGUCCUCGUUUAGCGGGCACGCCAUCACAUUCGCGUCACUUGGUUUCCAUUGCCAGCUGACCGAGUUGAGACUGGACUCUGAUCAAUGGUCUCUCAACGCACCGAGGUAUCCCAAUACUGCCCGCCAUUUUGCUACUGCACUGCGACUCGCGGAACCUCGAUGUUUCAGCAUUGAGGUAUUUGACGUGUGUACUCCAUUCGAUGAAGACCUGGAGGAUGAGCUGUGCAACCCGUUGCUCUGGGACAAUGCGCUGUACUUGGAAUACGCUUACUUGGCCAUAACUGAAGGUCCUUGCUGCAACAGGCUGCUGGAAUUUUUGGUGAGUGAUCCGACCGACAGCUCUUGGUCUCACUGA